UAGCGACUGAGUUCAGAUGGCGGCGAACUGCGCGCGACGGUAAUCGGCGUGCGCUGUAAAUCGCCGCGGUCCCUGCGCUGCCCCCGGCAAACUCGACUGGUUGCGCGGCCUCCACGCGGCCUCGCAGGAGACCUCGCAGGUGUCACAGGGCUGUGUCUCGCUUCCUGUGGAGGACAUUAUGAGCCGUGCAGCACCGAGGCCAAAGGAUGCAAUUCAGGCCCUGUGCCGGCUGCUCUCCAGCCUCGGGCUUGGCACGGUCAGCCCAGAACAAUUUCGGCAAGCCAAGUACGACCGACCAGAGAGUGUACCUGUAUUCUGGUUUCUCCUGUCCCGGGUGCUUGUGUGCACCACGGGAGAUGCUGCUGCUGCUGCUCCGGUGGUGGAGGAGAAGGGGAAUGUGGAAGUGACAGCUCUGGACCGAAAGACACCUGAUGAUGUCAUCUCCACUGUGAAGGCUGGGCUGCUGCAUCAUGGUUACGUGGCCCCUGAGAUCUUCCAGCCGGGGGGAGCCCAGCAGCUGGGUUCUCUGGAGCUGCUCCUCGCAUUCUCAUGGCUUCUUCACACCACCCACUUCCCGGUUCGCCACCUGACCCAGGGUGCUCUGCAACUUGACGAUGGUGCCAUGAAAUUGUUUCCUGAGCUCGCAAACGGUGAGCUGCCUGGUGAGGAGCAGUGGCACCUGCGCCCCGUUGAUGGCGCCCCCUUGCCCAAGGAUGGCGUGCACUACGCACUGUGGCUCAUGGGGAAGCUGCGUAUGCGAGUGCGGGCACUGCACAGUGCGCGCCAGCAGCUCUGCACCCUGCUGCACCGUGUACACUCCACAUGCAGGCAGCCACACCAACCUGGCAAACACCUCUCCGGCACCGAGGCAUACCUGCUGAGACACCCGAAUAGACUGACGCAGUGUCUCAUUUCCCAGGUCCUACAGCAGCUUGGAGAGGAAAAUGCCAGACUGGAGGCCUUCAUUGAGUGGAGGAAUAUGGAGCCUGCUUUCUGGCAGUGGAUGGAGAGUGUUGUGGAAGUGAAGCUGAUUCAGCAAGAGCAUCGGGGUCGUUGCCCCAGCUUAGCUAUGCCAUGUCACCGGGGGACGGAGGGGGUGCAGGACAUGUCCCUCGAUUCUCGGCUCGGCUCGGUGGGCAAGAGUCUCGCGAGGAUUGAAAGGGACGUGCACUGCGCGCUGUGGCGCAGUCACGCUACAUGGCUCAGUGAGGAGCGGCGACUGCUGCAGUGCGGCUCUGCACCAUCAGCUGUGCGAGAUCUCGCCGAGUCAGCACAGCAGGAGGCGAGCAUGGUGGUGCGAUCUCUGCAGGCUCCAGCCCAGCGGCUCGCUGCCACCUUGCUGCUUCUGCACCUGCCCUUCCACCUACAUCUGAAGCAGCAGCAGAGGCAGCACCGGGGCGGGCACCAGCAGGAGAGAGAAAGCGGCGCGGUGGGGACGCCAGAGUUGGCGCUGUGGGAGGCAACGCGUGAGCUGGGCGGGCAUCUCGCCCGCCUGCGUGCCUCGCUGAGGCAGCAGCACGGGUGUUGGCGGGCGAGGCUGGAGGCCAUGCUGGACGGCAAGGAGAGCAUCGUGUGCCUCCCGCCGCCCCACUCACACCACCGGUAAGGUGGCUGGUACUGCUGUCGACGAGAAGAUGGACUCGGACUCAUUGUUUCUACAGAGCCACGACGCCGGUGUAGUGGAUUUCACUAUUACGAUGAAAAGGAAGUGAAAUUUCACGGUUAAAAUCCUACAUGAAAAGCUCCAUUCGUGCCCUCCUAUGCUGCAUUGGGGGACAAAGUGAUUGCCAGAAUUUAGUAAUAUUUUGAAUUCUAAGGGUUCAGUAUUCCAAACUUUAGAUCAUUUAGUAAACCACUGUAUAAUACAGGUUUUUUGGGGUUGGCGUAAAUAUUUAAAUGUGUCGUUAAACCCGCCACCACCCGACACAGCCAACUAGUAAGGUUUGUCACUUAAACAGAACGUGGCCAAUUCGUCACUAGUGCAGCACUAACCGGUGUGUUGGAGAGCCAAGCCACAACAUUUACAAUCUGAGUACGACGUUUCACCAGUAAUUACAACUAGCUUUAUCAGGCGACAGCCACAUUUGGCUUGGCUCUCCAACACACCGGUGUGCUGUACGUGUAACGAAUUGACAUGUUCUGCUGAGAAUAAAUAAGGGGGAGAUGUACACCUCCAUUUCCGCUGCACUGCUGUUUGGACGUAGCAUGUGGACGUAGGCAAUGUGAAACUAAAUCAGAACCACAGACUAAAGACCUCCAUAUUCAUGGUUCUUUCAGUGAGGUGUCACGAUCAGAGAUAACUAUUCAAUUCAAGUCUUUUGCACCACCACCUUAGUUAAAUGCUAAAUUUAUUUUUCCUUCCCGGUCCUCCUUGACUGCUGUUUAGGGACGUCAUCUGCACAUCCACUCUAUAUUCUAUCAAAUCCUCGCUCGCCCCUUACAACCAAAAUAAAUGGAAAAUAAACCA